GAACACAGAGCAAAAGUAUUGGACCUUUUCUUUUUUUCUUGCCAAAUGUCUUCCAACAUUUAUGAUGACAUAAACUUGAAUGUGAGAUACACCAAGGGAGCGAGAGAGGACAGGGGACAGAGAGAGGAGAGACUUGUCGACAUCUACGAUAGUGCGGGCACCGAAGAUCGAGUUCUCAAACAGGAUGGAGGACCCCGCUCUGAGAGGCCCCCUGCAGACGCCCAGAGGAGGACUUACAGAGCUGCUGCUCUCUGUUUAGGAGUGCUGUGCAUCCUGAUGAUAACUGCAAUCAUUGCCUUAUCCAUUCACUUCACUUUAGGAAAGAACGAGCUGCAGACCAGGUACAACAAACUGAACAACAACUACAGCCAGCUGGUUUCAGGGAAGCUGUGUCCUGGAGGAUGGAAGAGAUUUGGAUGCAGUUGCUACUUUAAAUCCGAUAAGCGGAAAACAUGGUAUGAUAGCAGAUCUGACUGUGAGCAGAGAGGAGCAGAUCUGGUGGUCAUCAACAACAAAGAGGAACAGAAGUUUGUCAAUGAAUUCAAUUCACAAGGAGAGGCCUGGAUUGGUCUACAGGCCACAAAGGGAACAUCUACACCAACAGGAUGGGUGUACGAAUGGGAAUGGGUCGACGGAUCACUGCUGACAGAAAUGUUCUGGGAAUCAGGAACGCCAAACCAUUUCUCAACCCAGAACACUUCAGCAUACUGCAAUCAACAUGGACUAUGGAGACCAAAACAACCAUAUCUCUUAUAUAACUGCAUCUGUGAGAAAUAGAUUUCUUGAAUGAUUUGAUGAGGGUGGGCAGCUCUGAGAUCAGCUUUGUCAAAUUGUAACAGCUAGCGUUAUACAUUGUUUAAAUGUGUUCAUUCUGUUCUGUUUGCUGAAUUACUUGGAAUUCAUACAAAUUGUUUCUCUGGCUUUAAUGUGCGGUUUAUUCUUUCAGGUUGAUUAUAAUAAAAGUAAAUAAAGACAUGGAAUCACACAGUCUUUACUUGGCUUUGUAUAGUUAA